AUGUUGACAUCCGCCCUGUCGAUGAUCCCGCGGGUUGCGCGUUCUUCGUCUGUUCUAUCUCGCGCAUCUAUGCCAGCUGUUACGCGUGCGCCAAUGGCACGCAUGCCUGUAGCUGUGCCCUUGAUGGCUCGUGGUUAUGCCAGUGGCGGUGGUCCCUCGCUGGAGGAAAUCAAGACACGCAUUGCGGACGUGAUCAAGUCGUUCGAGAAGGUUGACCCCAAUGCUGUGAAGCCCGAGGCCAAGUUCACUGCCGACCUCGGUCUUGACAGUCUUGACGCCGUGGAGGUCGUCAUGGCCAUUGAGGAGGAGUUCAACAUCGAGAUCCCUGACGCCGACGCUGAUGCUAUCACGUCGGUGCAAGAGGCCGUGGACUACAUUGCUAACACGCCUGAUGCUAUCUAA